AUCGAUUCUGUUAUGGCGGAACCUGAUUCGCAGAGAUCUUGUAAGAUUGUGAGAUUCUGAGAAUUGAAGUCAUGGGUAUAUUGAGUUACGCCGUCGCCGGCGGUGGAUUUGCAGUAAUCGGCGCGUGGGAGUCACUGGCAGUAAUCGGCGCGUGGGAGUCACUGGACUCAUCGAACCUUGAUCCGAAUCCAUCUUCCCCUAUGGCUCAGAUUAGAGCUUCGCCGCCAAAAUCUGUUGGAUCAUCUUCCAUCCCCGUAGCUUUGCUUUCGUAUCUGUUUAUUGCGAACUCGAUUUUCACCUUCUUCAGCUCAAUCAAUUCCCGCGAUCGGGUCGGGUCGAUGAUCCAGUUACAGAUCCUGGCAGUGGCAGUACUAUUCCUAGUGUACGCCAUUUUAACAUAUCUGGUCAACUCCAAAAAAUCUGUCUUUGUUACUCUUCCGUCUUCGAUUACGACUUUGGUGCUUCUCUUCGGCUUCGUCGAGGAGUUCUUAAUGUUCUACCUGCAAAAGAAAGAUGUUUCUGGAAUCGAGAAUCGCUAUUACGAUCUCAUGCUCGUACCCAUUGCCAUCUGCGUCUUCUCCACGAUUUUUGAGCUGAAAUCGGAUGCGACCACGCAUCGAUACGCGAAACUAGGUCGUGGGAUCGGUCUGAUUCUUCAAGGAACAUGGUUUCUGCAAAUGGGUAUAUCGUUUUUCACCGGUUUGAUCACUAAUAACUGUACAUUUCACGAGAAGAGCAGAGGCAAUUUCACGAUCAAGUGCAAAGGACACGGUGAUUAUCACCGAGCAAAAGCUAUUGCAACUCUUCAGUUUAACUGUCAUUUGGCUCUAAUGGUAGUUUUAGCUACUGCAUUGUUCUCUGUCGUUGCUAACAAGAAAGGUUAUCUCCCUGACGAUCACUCUAAAUAUCGGCCUCUCGGAGCUGAGAUGGAGAAUUUAAGUACUUUCACUCUCGAUUCUGAUGAAGAAGACGAGAUUCGAGAACAGAGAAACGUAGCUAAAGAAGCUGGUCUCAAUGGAAUCAGCUCACACGAUUAAAGAACUAUGUAGACCACAAAGCUUAUUGUACUUGUAAGAGCAAGCAGCCAGUAGUAUUUGUCAAGCCGAGCUUCAGACAUAUCAUCUGCAAAC